UACGUCAGCACUGUAAAUAGAAAUGCUAGUCUGCGUUGAAAACGCUUCGUGAAGGGAAUCGGGAAGGUGCCGCCGGCCGUCUUCGCGUUGCGCAUCUCUGACAUAUAUUACAGGUGUGUGCGAUCGGAAUAUUUCAACAUCGUCUCCAUCGGAAUCGAAAUUAGAUCGUUGGAGCGAUCGCGAAAAUGGCCAACUCUCCGGUACACAAUCCAGAAAUCCCAUAUGUGGGAAAAGUAGAAGGAGGUCUAAGGGCAGGUACAAUGGUGAAAAUACAAGGCAAAGUGCCACCUCAGGCUGUACGAUUUGCUAUCAAUUAUCAGCUCGGACCUACGUUAAAUCCAAGAGAUGACAUAGCUAUUCAUGUAUCUCCGCGCUUCCCUGAAGGCUUUAUUACUAGAAACCACAUAGAGUCGAUGACCUGGGGCAUGGAGGAGAAUGCUGGCCCAAUGUGCAUUCAGCCAGGCCAGGAAUUCGAGAUAUUGAUUCUGUGUGACUAUCACUGCUAUAAGAUUGCCAUUAAUGGCAGGCAUUUUACGGAAUUCGCUCAUCGAUUACCGUUCAUAAAAGUCACUCAUUUGGUUAUCGAUGGCGAUGUCGAGAUACAGUCUAUUGCAUAUGAACAAGUAUCAGUUGAUUCGUCAAAAUCCUCUACAGUACCAGACGAUGUACAGACUGCUAAUUUUGGACCACCACCUCCAGGUGGUUUGUAUCCAACGAUUCAACCUCCAGGUGGAUAUGGCCCUUCUCCUCCAACUGGUUAUGGCCCUCCUCCUCCAGCUGGUUAUGGUCCUCCUCCUCCAACUGCCUAUGGUGGCCCUGAUGGUUACAAUCCACCAAGAGCUUAUGGGUAUCAACCAGAUCGUGAAAAGGCAGAGGAAGAAGGUGUUUUUGGAGAUUGUCUGGACAAAGUUGGAUUAGCAAUAGGUGGAUUAGUGGCAGCUGGAGGCGUAGCGGCAGCCAUGCAUGCGAUGAAUAAAAAGAAGGAAGAAAACGAAGAAAAGGAUCAUGAAAAAUCAGAUGCUUCCAAAUCAAAGACGGAAAGCGAAGGUGGUUUCGGAAAUUUAGCUGGAUCUCUUGGGAUGGCUUUAGCUAGUAGCCUGGCAAGCAAUGCCUUGCACAGCAACUCACACGCACAACAAGGCUAUCCCGCUCAACAGUCAGGUGGUGGUGGUGUAUUGGACUCUAUUUUCGGAGCAUUAGGCGGUGGAGGAUCUCAACAGCCUUCCUAUCAUCCAAAUCAACCAUCUUCUGGUGAUGGUCUGAGCGGAACACUAGGAUCUUUAUUCGGUGGUGUUCUUGGUGGUAGUGGAGGUCAUCAGCAACCAGCGUAUCAACCUUCAGGAGGAUACGGUGGAUAUCAACCAUCAGGCGGUUAUCCAACAUCCGGAGGAUACGGUGGCCAAAGUUCUGGCGGAUCAGAUCUGUUGUCAGGAAUUGGAUCUGCUCUAUUCAGUUCGGCUAUAGACGGUCUGAGUAAACGUGGAAAAGAUAAAUCUCAUGACGAAUAUCGUUCUGGACCUCCUCCGAGUUAUGAACCUCCACCGCCAACACCGCCAGCCCCGAAGCCAGCCCCGCAUCCGGGAACUCCACCGUCUUCCGGUGGCAACAAAUUAACUGCGGACGAAAUUUCGAAGGGACUCGGCCUGGAUGAUUAAACUCUUUGGAAGACUUUGACCUGCAAGUACACUCAUAGACGAUCUUAUGCUCUCUUAUUGCUUAAAAAACGUAUCUUCACGAAUUUCGUUUAUUGAAAUGUGCUAUACGAUACUCGUUUAUUUUUUGAAAUCAGCGUAUUUUUAGUUGUAUUCAUGGCAGCUGUAUUAAAUAUAAACG